AUGCGGCCCCUCACUGAACCCGAGACCAAAGUGCUCUUCGAGAAGCUCGCCACCUACUGCGGGAAAGGCAUCGCGAACCUGAUCGCCGACCCAGCAGGCGGCAACGACCGCAAUGUCUUCCGCGGCUCAAGAUGCUACUACGUGCGCGAAUCGCUCGCUAACCUCGCCACCUCAGUCGCGCGCGACAACCUGCUCAGCCUGGGCAUCUGUCUGGGAAAAUUCACAAAAACGGGCAAAUUCCGCCUGCACAUCACCGCGCUGUCCGUGAUCGCCCCGCACGCCCGCUACAAGGUCUGGGUCAAAUCCAACGGCGAGAUGCCCUUCCUGUACGGCGGCAACGUCCUCAAGGCCCACGUCGGCCGCUGGAGCGAAGACUGCCCUGAGCACCAGGGUGUUGUGGUUCUGAGCAUGAACGACACCCCCCUGGGCUUUGGCGUCAGCGCGAGGAGUACCGCCGAGGCGAGGAAGCUGGAUCCCACAGGCAUUGUGACGUUCAGGCAGGCGGAUAUUGGGGAGUACUUGCGUGAGGAAGAUACGCUGUUUACGACUUGA